AUGACCACUUUCCGCACUCUCCUUGCUGUGGCUUCUGUUCGUCAGUGGUCUAUCUCUCAACUUGAUGUCCAGAACGCCUUUCUCAAUGGCGAGCUGCGUGAGGAGGUUUACAUGCAGCCACCACCGGGGUACUAUGCUCCUGACGGUAUGGUCUGUCGACUUCGCCGCUCCCUCUAUGGUCUUAAACAGGCCCCUCGCGCUUGGUUUGAGCGCUUUGCCUCUGUGGUGACUGCCGCUGGUUUCUUGCCCUGUGAUCAUGAUCCCGCGUUGUUUGUUCACACGUCUCCUCGUGGUCGGACUCUUCUCCAUCUUUAUGUUGAUGACAUGAUCAUCACUGGUGACGACUCUGACUACAUUGCCUUUGUUAAGGCCCGCCUUCACGACCAGUUUCUCACGACUGAUCUUGGUCCUCUUUGCUAUUUUCUUGGGAUUGAGAUCUCCUCGACCUCUGAUGGCUUCUACAUCUCUCAAGAGAAAUAUAUUCAGGAUCUUCUUGCUCGAGCUGCUCUCAGUGAUGACCGCACUGUUGUGACUCAUAUGGAGCUCAACGUUCAGCUUUGUGCCUCUGAUGGUGACCCUCUUCCUAAUCCCACUCGCUAUCGUCACCUCGUUGGUAGCCUUGUCUAUCUUGCUGUUACACGUCCUGACAUCUCCUAUCCCGUUCACAUCCUGAGUCAGUUUGUUUCAGCCCCCACCUCUGUCCACUAUAGUCACCUCCUCCGUGUUCUACGAUAUCUUUGUGGAACGAUCUCUCAGCGCCUUUUCUUUCCCCGUUCCAGUUCUCUUGAGCUCCAGGCUUACUCCGAUGCUACCUGGGCUAGUGAUCCCUCUUAUCAACGCUCGCUGUCUGCUUAUUGUGUCUUUCUUGGUGGCUCUCUUAUUGCAUGGAAGACAAAGAAACAGACUGCAGUUUCUCGCUCGAGUACAGAGGCUGAGUUGCGCGCCAUGGCUAUGCUGACGGCUGAGGUGAUCUGGUUACGGUGGUUACUUGAGGGUUUUGGUGUGUCUGCUGCUACCUCGACUCCCUUACUGUCAGACAGUACUGGUGCUAUCAGUAUUGCGCGUGACCCGGUGAAGCCUGAGCUCACCAAGCACAUCGGUGUGGAUGCCUACUUUGUGUGUGCUGCUGUGCAGGAUCAGACUCUCGCUCUUCACUAUGUGCCCUCUGAGCUACAGUUGGCUGACUUCUUCACGAAGGCACAGACUCGAGCGCAGCAUACCUUUUUCCUCUCCAAACUCAGUGUUGUUGAUCCACCAUGA